AUAAACGGGAAGACGAUAAGAGAAGAGAAAUUAAUUUCUGAGGGAGCGUAUUCAUUUGUUUAUAUGGCAAAGGAUUUAAACACGAAUAGAGCGUAUACUAUAAAGAAGACCAUAUGUCAAGAUAAAGAGAAAAUAGAUAUGGCGAAUAAAGAAAUCAACAUACUUAAAAGUUUACCUCCACAUAAAAAUAUAGUACAAUAUUAUGGUUCGACUAUAAUUUCUGAGAAUAAUUACAAAAUCGUUAUAAUGUUGAUGGAGUAUUGUGAGAGAGGAAAUUUAUUAAAUAUUUUUCAAAAAAAUAAAGAGAAGAUUAAAGAAAUUCACAUUGUAAAUAUUUUAAAAGAUAUAAUUAGCGGUUUAUGUUUUUUACAUAAUCAAGAAAUCCCUAUAAUACAUCGUGAUAUUAAAUUAGAAAAUAUUUUAUGUGAUAAAAAUGGUGUAUAUAAGAUUUGUGACUUUUGUUCCCAUUCUAUAACAAAUUCUUUCUUUCCUAAUGAUUUAAGUAAAUCAGAGUUAUUUAAUUUAAAAGAAGAAAUUGAGAGAGAUACUACAUUAAUAUAUAGACCUCCUGAAUUAAUUGAUUUAUAUUAUAAUUUUGAAAUAUCAUGGAAAAUUGAUAUAUGGAUGGUUGGUUGUAUUUUAUAUCUACUUCUUUUUAAAAUCCAUCCAUUUCAAAAUAAUAAUUUUUUAUCGAUUAUUAAUGCUAGUUUUACUAUUCCAUAUUGUACGAAAUAUUCCAAAAGAAUUAUUUCUAUUCUUCUCAUGACACUUAAUAAAAAUCCUCAAAAAAGAAUUGAUACCCCUACUCUUUUAUUUAUUCUUGAAAAUUAUCCAGACCUCAAAAAAUGGUUUGUGCAUAUUCCUGCUGACAUCAAAAAAAGGGUUAACCAAAUUUUUGAAAAAAUGAAUGAACUUAACAUCAAUAAUAAACACACCGAUCUUAUCGAAGUUAGUCAUGAGAAACUAAUCGAUAUUAAAAUAUCAUCACAAAAAUAUGAAACUAACCUUCCGAAGAGUAAUAAUAAUUUCCUCAAGUUUUUUACAACCAGUAAUUUGAGCGGUGAUAUUUUUAAGAAAAAAGUCGAAAAGGAGGAAACCAAAAAAGAAAUCAAGCAAGUAAGCAAGACGGAAAAGCAGCCAAAGGAUAAAUUGGAAAAUAAUCCUGAUGGUAAUAAAUUACAAAAUGGUAAAGAUAGUGAUAAAUUGGAAAAUAAUCCAGAUGGUACUAAAUUACAAAAUGGUAAAGAUAGUGGUAAUUUGGAAAAUAGUCCAGAUGGUACUAAAUUACAAAAUGAUAAAGAUAGUAAUAAAUUGGAGAAUAAUCCAGAUGGUACUAAAUUACAAUAUGAUCACAUUAUUGAUUAUACAGAUAAUAAAAUGGAUAACAAUAAAAAGAAUAAAUCUGAUGAAAUUUCAGAAAAUAUUAUAAGUUCAGGUGAUCAACAAAAUUCUGUACCUGACCAGUCAGAAGAUCAAUCAAAAAGUCAUUCAUACAAUUUAAUAAAAAUUCAAUCGAAAGAAACAUUAAUUAUUGAUCAUGUAGAUUGUGAUUUUCCUGGUGAUAAAACGAAUACAGAUUUUUCUUUUCAAGAUACU